CCUCACAGACCAGGCACUUUGCGGCUGAAUCGUCCAGCUUCUGUGUAGCUUUUGUUCAGCGGGCGUUGAACCAGGCAUCAAGCAGGCAUGAACUACACAUUACACGGACACUAAACGAAACAAACGCAUACAUAAAUGCAAAGCUAGCCUUGUUUGGUGAGGUCGGUGAGUAUGAAGAACACACAAACCGCUAACAGCUGCUGCUAAAUACCGCUAAGCUAACGAGCUAACAAUGUACAUGUGAUAAACUCGCUCAGAAAAAAAUAAUGUUUACAAAGCCUAACGCUAGUGACUAAGUGAAGCUUUUGGGCACAUUUACUAGCUAUAGUUUUGUUCUUCUCUGGCAUGUUUAUUGUUUUCUACGUGUUAUAAUAGUUGCCUUGUUUAUCCUGGUUAGGCUGUUGUGGUUUGUAGCAUUUCAGAAAAAGCUUAUAUUUAACAAUAGAAGGAUUUAAACUGGGUUCUCUUUACCCCCACUUUGAUUUGCUCUUAUAUGAGUAUAUACAGUGAUAUGUGGUUCGUACAUUUGGUGCAAAGCUAAUUAUUUGUUAUUAGUUGAACAUGUAAAGUAAGGCACUGCACAUAUCUAGAGCAACUGCAGUUGAGGUCCAGUACUUUGUAUAAAUGGCCUUGGAGGACAUUUAGUCAGCUCAGAAAGAAAAUAAGACAAUAGCAUUAGAAAAUAAAUAUAUGAGAAAUGUCCACCUUUGCAUGUUAUGGUGAGAUAAUGACUGCCAUAUGUCCAGAAUGAGACGUAUCAAUGAAUCUCUUUUAUCCAGCCUGUUAAAGUUGUUAGUGGAACCUUUAAAACUGAAAAUAAAGGAUAAUAGUUUGGCUUCUUUUUCUUUAGAUGAUUUCUUAAAGUCUGCUCACAAACAUUGCUAUGUUGCUUUGAGUCUUCUGUCCUGAUGCUUUGAUUUUUUUCCAUAGUCCACCCAGAUGUCUCCUUCUGAACAUUUUGUUUAUUGAUGCUCCACAUUUAUAGCAAGCUGACCGGGAACGGUAACAUCUUUGGUCAUACUUUGUUUAAUGACCUGCUUGAAGGAGAUCCAUCAUGCUUUCAGCUGUCACCCUCGUCCGUCAACAAAUCAUUUUCUAGCAGCUCAUUAAUUUAUACAAGCACUUUUCUGACUGUAGAUGUGUUGGAUUGCCAUUUAUUACACGAAAGUGAUUUUUUGCUGAAAAGAAAAACAUUUGACUCAACAUCCUCCAUUGUUUUUUUUAUGUUUACCACUGUUAUCAUUGGCUUACAGCAAGAAUUUCAGAUUGACCUUUUUUCUUUUGUAGUUUUGUCUACUGUCUAAUUAUUGUUUCAGCAUGUUUUAUGUGGUUUGGUGUAUAUGUUGACACAAGUGGUCCCAACCUGUGUUUUACUUCUGAGCCCCAACCAGACCUGGACUGUUUUUACAGCACUGAGUUUCAACUCCCAGUCCUAUUGUUGAAUCCUGAGGGAUCCUGCUUCGACGGAAGUCCUGAUUGAUCCUCCUCCUUUUAGGCAAAUAGCAGCCAGGGGCUUUUAAUUACAUCACAUACACUCUUAUCAUCUUAUUAAAGGGCAUUCCUGAAGAUUUAUCUGUAUUCUGUUAUUAAGACUAAGCAUAGGAAGGGAGACUGAAGGUCAGAUGAACUGAAACCAUUAGGCUCUUGAUAAUAAUGUGUGGUGUUAUGCGCAUGGUGUCUUGAUUAACGUCACCAAUCGGAAACAAAACACACAUGCUAAAUAAAAGUUAACUGCAAAGGUAAAUUAAAUGUACAAAAGUACAACUGAAUCUGCGCAAGUUAUAUCAACUUGUGGCUCAAACAACAGUAUUAAUGCCAAGAGGGCGUUCUGCUCACCGAAUUGUCUCGCGUCCAUUUCUAAACAAAACCAUAUAUAACGCUUUAAUCUGAUUUUCUUUGUGUCUCCUUUACACAUCCAACCAGUUGGACACAAACCUGCGAGUCUGUGUUUUGUUUGUACGUUUUACAAUAGUCAGUUCUGCAGAUUUAAGUUAAACAUGUGACGCUUACUGUGUCGUUACAGUUCAACAUGAUAAAUCUUUGCAGCCUUUAUGCUGCUUGUUUAAAGGAUUAGCCAGAAAACAAGUGUUUAGAGUGAGGAUCAGGUGAGGGCUUAGACCAUUAAAAACACAAAGUAGGAAAAGAGGACUUAGCAGUGUUGAUGCUAAGUCUUUUUUUCCAGGCAUAAAGGUCAGCAGAGGCUUUGACAGGCUGUGCAGGAAAGAAGAAUGACUUGUUUGACCUGUAACCAACACAUGGAGGACUCUGUGGGUUUCACAUUUCUGGUGAUGUUUUUCAUUACUGGGUUGUCAAAAACCUCUCGGGCCACAAGGGAAUGAUCUUUACUUGCACAAAUCUUUUGUUUUGUAUGGACACAAGGGUGUGUGUGUUCGGGAAAUCACAUAGUUGUAUAUAGCACAAUUUCAGGCUAGUCAGAAUGCAAUGUGAAUCUGAAUUAGAUUUGAUGUUUCACGCAUGCUCUGUUCAGUAACAAGGCUGUUCCCAGAGUGCAGCACCAACUUCACUUAUGACAAACUGAAGUACGGAGGGGUAUAAUCCUGCAUCAUUGUACAACUCCUCCCUUCCUUCCCGUUGGCACAGUGGAAGAAAUACUCCCGACUGUCUUCAAAGCCUGUAAAGUAAAAAAAAAGAAUCCAGUAUAAUUCCAGAAAAGCACCAGCAGCUAUCCCUCUCACUGUUACUACCAUCUUCCCAUCUGUCAUCUCCUCUUCCUCCGACUGCUCCACUUCCCAACAUGGCAACUGUGUUUGUUCUCCGGCCGUGUCGCUGAGCCGCCGCUCUGGACCGCCACCAUGGAGAAAAAACGCAGAAAGAAAUUAAUCUAGCUGCCCAGGCUGUUUGCAAAAUGGACUCAUUUUUGGAGCUGUGGACCUGAAAAUGCUCCGUCUCAGCCUCUGAUAUGAUAACACAGUUCGUGCUACUUUCUUUACGAGCCAAAAUGGUUCUAUUCUUGUUGCUGGCAUCCACACUUUUGGGAACGCUGGCAGGCCUUUUGCCUGUGGUGGGGAUGGGGUCAGAACGGGAGGCAAACCCCAGAUCUGACUAUCAGCCCCCCAACCUGCAGCCCCUCCCCUCGCCAGCCAGUUCAAACUGCUCCCAGUUGACCCUGAAACUGGAGUUUUCUUCUGAGGUGGUAGAACACGAGUACAUCGUAGCGUUUACAGGGUACUUCUCAGCCAAGGCCCGCAGCCUGUACAUCAGCAGUGCCUUGAGGGGAGUUGGAGACAAAAAGCUAGAGUGGCACAUCGUUCCCAGAGAGAACCCGGCUUCAGACUUCCCUAGCGACUUCGAGCUGGUCCACAUCAAGCAAGCUUCGUCCAGCAGCCUGCUGACCUUAGAGGAUCACCCUUACAUCAAGAGGGUGACGCCGCAACGCAAAGUUUUCCGAUCCCUCAAGUACAUUCCCUCACCUGAACCUGCUGCACCCUGCAACGGCACACAUGACUCCCAAAAAUGGCAGUCGUGGCAGUCUUCUCGACCCUUCAGGCGAACCAGCCUGUCGCUCGGCUCGGGUUUUUGGCACGCCACCGGUCGCCACUCCAGCCGCCGGCUGCUGCGUGCCAUCCCCCGCCACGUUGCUCAGAUCCUGCAGGCAGAUGUUCUGUGGCAGAUGGGACACACAGGUUCUGGUGUAAAGGUAGCGGUUUUUGACACAGGGCUGAGUGAGAAGCAUCCACAUUUUAAGAACGUGAAGGAACGAACAAACUGGACCAAUGAAAAGACUCUGGAUGAUGGCCUGGGCCAUGGGACGUUUGUAGCAGGAGUUAUAGCCAGUAUGAGGGAGUGUCAGGGCUUCGCCCCUGACUCUGAGCUCCACAUCUUCAGAGUGUUCACAAACAACCAGGUUUCCUACACCUCAUGGUUUCUGGAUGCUUUCAACUAUGCCAUCCUGAAGAAAAUUGAUGUUUUGAAUCUCAGCAUUGGUGGACCUGACUUCAUGGACCAUCCUUUUGUUGAUAAGGUGUGGGAGCUGACUGCCAACAAAGUGAUCAUGGUUUCUGCUAUCGGUAACGACGGACCUCUGUAUGGCACCUUGAACAAUCCAGCUGACCAGAUGGAUGUGAUUGGAGUUGGAGGGAUUGAUUUUGAGGACAACAUAGCCAGGUUUUCCUCCAGAGGCAUGACAACUUGGGAGCUUCCGGGGGGUUACGGCAGAGUAAAGCCCGAUAUCGUGACCUACGGUUCAGGGGUUCGAGGCUCAGGGUUGAAGGAGGGAUGUCGCUCGUUGUCUGGUACCAGCGUUGCCUCUCCUGUGGUUGCUGGUGCCGUCACCCUUUUGGCCAGCACCGUUCUCAACCGGGAGCUGGUGAACCCCGCCUCCAUGAAACAGGCUCUGAUUGCCUCGGCUCGCAGGCUGCCCGGGGUCAACAUGUUUGAGCAGGGCCACGGGAAACUGGACCUGAUCCGAGCAUAUCAGAUCCUGAACAGCUACAGACCCCAGGCCAGUCUCUCUCCCAGCUACAUCGACCUGACAGAGUGUCCAUACAUGUGGCCUUACUGCUCUCAGCCAAUCUACUACGGAGGAAUGCCCACCAUCGUUAACGUAACCAUCCUCAAUGGCAUGGGGGUCACAGGCAGGAUCAUUGACAAGCCCAUCUGGCAGCCGUACCUGCCUCAGAACGGUGACAACAUCGACGUGGCCGUCUCAUACUCACCUGUGCUGUGGCCGUGGGCCGGUUACCUGGCCGUGUCCAUCUCUGUGGCCAAGAAAGCUGCAUCGUGGGAGGGCAUUGCUCAAGGUCAUAUAAUGGUGACAGUUGCCUCUCCUGCAGAGAAUGAUUCAGAAGUUGGAGGGGAGCUUACGUCUACAGUCAAGCUACCUAUAAAAGUAAAGAUCGUGCCCACUCCACCUCGCAGUAAGAGGGUGCUGUGGGACCAGUACCACAAUCUGCGCUACCCACCCGGCUAUUUUCCCCGUGACAACCUCCGCAUGAAGAACGACCCGCUGGACUGGAAUGGGGAUCACAUCCACACCAACUUCAGGGACAUGUACCAGCAUCUGAGGAGCAUGGGCUACUUUGUAGAAGUUCUGGGAGCACCUCUGACAUGCUUCGACGCCAGCCAGUAUGGCACACUGUUAAUGGUGGACAGUGAGGAAGAGUAUUUUCCUGAAGAGAUCACCAAGCUGAGGAGAGACAUUGACAACGGCCUGUCGCUCAUCAUCUUCAGUGACUGGUACAACACCUCGGUGAUGAGGAAGGUCAAGUUCUACGAUGAAAACACCAGACAGUGGUGGAUGCCGGACACAGGGGGCGCUAAUGUGCCAGCCUUGAACGACCUGAUCUCAGUCUGGGGGAUGGCUUUCAGCGACGGGCUGUAUGAGGGGGACUUCACCCUGGCUGAUCAUGACAUGUAUUACGCCUCAGGCUGCAGCAUUGCCCGUUUCCCAGAAGAUGGAAUUGUAAUUGCCAAGAACCUGAAAGAUCAAGGUCUGGAAGUAUUGAAGCAGGAGACUGCUGUGGUCGAGGGAAUUCCCAUCCUGGGACUGUACCAAACCCCUUCAGAGGGGGGAGGUCGGAUAGCUCUGUAUGGAGACUCAAACUGCAUUGACGACAGUCACAGACAAAAAGACUGUUUCUGGUUGCUGGAUGCUCUGCUGCAGUAUACUUCUUACAGUAUGACUCCUCCCAGCCUCAGCCACUCCCACAGCAGAGUGGCGCCUCCUGCAGGUGCAGAGCGGCCACUGCCCCAGAGACUGGAAGGGAACCACCUGUACCGUUACUCCAAGGUUCUGGAGGCUCACCUCGGUGACCCCAAGCCACGCCCCCUACCAGCGUGUCCCCACCUAUCCUGGGCAAAGCCACAGCCACUCAAUGAGACGGCCCCCAGUAACCUUUGGAAGCACCAGAAGCUUCUCUCAGUGGAUCUGGACAAAGUGGCUGUGCCUAACAUGAAGUCAUACCGUCCCCAGGUCCGACCCCUGUCCCCUGGGGAGAGCGGGGCCUGGGACAUUCCAGGAGGGAUAAUGCCGGGUCGCUACAACCAAGAAGUUGGUCAGACCAUCCCCGUAUUCGCCUUCCUGGGAGCGAUGGUUGUUUUGUCAUUUUUCGUGGUUCAGCUCACUAAAGCCAAGAGCAAACCGAAGCGCAGGAAACCCCGGAUCAAACGGCCCACAUACCUCCAGCAGCAGACAGCGACAGCUGGGAAAAACCCCACUGUGUGACUGCAUAUUUGCACUGCUGCCGAAUAGCUGGGCCCAACUCCAGAACUGAGACGUUGAAGAGAUAAGUCAGAGGAGUUGAACUGCUUGGGCAGACUGUUGGACUGCUUUUUAAAGCUCGCCAGACAUCUCCUGGAAACGUUUUUUUUUUUUUUUUGUGCCUCUUGUCCGUUUAAGGCUGUCGUUGGUGUUUUGUGUAUUUGUGGACCAAUGAACAGUGUUAGACAAAACCCAAGUCUGGACCCCAAAGGUCCAGCUACAGUCCAAGUACACAUUGUGUCAACAUUUCCUUUUCUCUUCUUUGACCAAAUGGGUUCUUCAUAAGUAAAAUAUCUUACUUUUAUAUUUAUUAAAUUUGUUCUUACCCUAAAACAUGUGUUACACUUGUCAGUAACUCUUUAAAUAGUUGGCACACAAACAGGAUAAAAUUGCUUGAUCCUGGUUUUUCAAGUCCUGCCCCUAUCUGUUGAACAUCACUGUUGUUUUCAUAUUUUAUACAGUCAAUACAUCUGGUCAGGCUUUCUGUUGAAAUCCUCCCUUUUGGACUCCAGUGUCUUCAACAGACUUGGUCAGAUAUCGCAUCAAUAAAAAAAAGCAUCAUCAAAGGCAUUGUGUUUUUGUUUCACUGUCAGACUUAAUCGCAAGGGAAAGCUCUGUGGCUGAGGUCCUCAAAUCCAGGCCUCGAGCUAAAUG